CCCGGCGCCAGGGCCGGGCCGGGUCUGGCCUUGCGGGGUGCCCCCGUUCGCGCUCCCUCGGCCGCUCCUCCGUCCGCGGGGCCCCCUCAGGCCCGGCCGCGCUAGGCGCCCCCGCAGCCUCCGACUCGGCGCUUGAGGCCUGUUCCACGCGCCGCCCCGUCCCUUCCCUCGUCAGGGCGAAGCAGUGAGGAAAAUGUCGCCAUGAAGGUGGCCGAGACGACUGCGCUGCGCCGACCCCGCCGCCGGGCCAUGAGCCUGGGCCUCGGCCCCAGCCAUCAGCGCUCGCCCGUUCUCCGCUUUCGCAGCGGCGCCUCCGCGGCGCCCGUGGAUGCUCCAGAGCUCCGCAGCAGCAGCAGCAGCAGCCCCCAGCUUCGACGCGAUGGACAAGAGCAACCCCUGCGGCUCCGGCCUCGGCCCCGGCUCCUCGUCUACGGCGGGAGGCAAAGGGCAGCAGCCGCGCUCUAACUCGGCCGGCCCAGCCGGGGGUGAGUCCAAGCCCAAAGGCGAUGGAAAAAAUGCAAAUGGAUCCAAGCAGCGUUAUAAUCGUAAACGGGAAACUUCAUAUCCCAAAAAUGAGAACUUUUCCAGCCAAUCCCGUCGUUCCUCUUCACAGAAAAGCAAAGCUUUUAACAAGAUGCCUCCUCAGAGGGGGGCACAUGGCAGUGGCGGCAAACCUUUUAGCCCUUCUUUUAAUGGUGGAAGACGAGAUGAGGUAGCAGAGGCCCAACGGGCAGAGUUUAGCCCUGCCCAGUUCUCUGGCCCCAAGAAGAUUAGUCUGAACCACUUGUUGAACUUCACCUUUGAACCUCGUGGCCAAGCAAGCCACUUUGAUGGGGGUGGCCGUGGCACCUGGGGGAAAAGGAACAGAUGGGAGAACAAACCUUUCAACAAGGAGCUCUUCCUACAGGCCAACUGCCAGUUUGUGGUGUGUGAUGACCAGGAUUACACAGUUCACUUCACUGAUCCAGAUACCUUGGUCAACUGGGAUUUUGUGGAACAAGUGCGGAUUUGCAGCCAUGAAGUGCCCUCUUGCCCAAUAUGUUUAUACCCACCCACUGCUGCCAAGAUCACCCGCUGUGGGCACAUCUUCUGCUGGGCAUGCAUCUUGCACUAUCUGUCUCUGAGUGAGAAGACCUGGAGCAAGUGCCCCAUCUGUUAUGGCUCUAUUCACAAGAAGGACCUCAAAAGUGUUGUUGCUCUAGAAACUCGUCAGUAUGCAAUUGGCGAUACAGUUACCAUGCAGCUGAUGCGACGGGAGAAAGGAGUCUUGAUAGCACUGCCAAAAUCAAAGCUUACAAAUGUGGAGCAGCCUGUUCACCUAGAAGAUGAGCAACAUGGUCAGUAUUCAAAACUGCUUCUCGCCUCUAAGGCUCAAGUGCUGCAUAAGGUGAUCUUGGAAGAGAAGGCGGCACUCCUGCGUCAGUAUGACGAGGAGAAACACACCCCUGAAGCAUGUUUCAUUGAAGCAGCCAUUCAGGAGCUGAAAGAUCGAGAGGGCAACUUGAUGUCUGACAAAUAUCAAGACAGUGCUGUUGCAGAUACCACAGUAGCUGUGGCAGAACUAGUCUUGAUGGAGCCAUCUGACAAAGAAGCAGUGGCGUUGUCUCAGGAGAGGAAGUGUGUUCUAGAGUAUCUUUCUGCUUUCGAUGAAGAAGUCCUGAAAUCUCCUUCUGUGGAGUCUGCAAGUGCAGUUCCACCCUCCUCAGAGACAGAAGCGACAGCGGUGGCUGAUGCAGAAGAGUCUGGUGUGGAUCUGGGAGCCGCAAGUGAAAUGGGUGAAGCUAGCCUGCCUGAAUCUGCCUGUGAGAAAUCUAAAACGGCAUUCAGCAGUGGACACACAAGUAGCUCCCCUUGCUAUUACUUCUACCAAGCUGAGGAUGGGCAGUGUAUGUAUCUUCACCCUGUGAAUGUGCGAUGCCUUGUGCAUGAGUACGGCAGUCUGGAGAAGAGUCCAGAGAAGAUUACUGCUACUGUGGUGGAGAUAUCUGGCCACUCCAUGACAGAGGAUGUGCGGCAGCGUCAUCGCUACCUGUGUCAUUUGCCACUCACUUGUGAGUUCAGCAUCUGUGAACUAGCUUUGAAGCCUCCAGUUAUUUCGAAGGAAACAUUGCACAUGUUUUCAGAUGAUAUCGAAAAAAGGAAACGCCUGAGGCAGAAGAAAGCUCGUGAUGAGCGACGUCGGGAGCGGAGAAUUGAGAUGGAGGAAAAUAAGAAGCAAGGCAAAUAUCCUGAGGUUCGUAUUGCUUUAGAGAAUCUGCAACAGUUCCCUGCCUUCAGUGCUUGUUCAGGAGAAUCUGCUGACGCUGAGAACCAAAGCAGCAGUCUGCUGUCCUCUGAUGAGAGAAGCCCUGUGUCUCAACCAGAGUCCUUGUUGACUCCACUGUCACCUGCAGCCAGUCUUGGCAGCCCUUCCCCCUGUGUUGGGAACCCGGAGGAGGAAUCUGCCCUACCCUCAUUUGCCCAGAUGUUGAGGGCUGGAAAAGCGAAACCAGAAACAUGGAAUAGUUUUCAGCCAAAGAAGAAAGAAGAGAACACCGCCCUGGCACCUCCGGCUACAGGAGACAGUGAUGGGGAGAGUGAUAACUCAGACCGCGUACCUGUGCCUAGUUUCCAGAACUCCUUCAGCCAAGCUAUCGAGGCAGCCUUCCUAAAAUUAGACGAACCAUCUACUUCCAACCACCUCUUGGAUGAAAAAAGAGGCAAGAAAAAGAAGCAGAAGCAAAAGUUGCUGUUCAGCACAUCAGUGGUUCAUACAAAGUGAUCCUGCUAAUGGACAGAUUCUGUCUCCUGGUUUCUUUUGUUUGCUUUUGUGUUUUGCUGCUAUAGAGAAAGUAUUUUAAGUUUGAGCAGGAAAAAAAUAUCUGUUUCUGGGACUUAGGGAGGGUUAGGGAUUAAAAACGAAUAUACAUUCGAUUCGCUCGUUGAUACCAAAAUGAAAUAUUGAAUUGCAGACCCUUCGCCAACGUUGCAGGGUUGUGCCAAGCUUAAAGCCUUUGGCAUGUUUUGCAGUUGGACCAUGGGGAAGAAUAGCGUGGCUGAGGUGGUCCACCUGCUUUUGCCACUGCAGGGGCAGAAGAGCUUCUAAUGCUAUGAACCUGGGUGGAAAUAAGUCUAGUGGCUGCCGUGGGCUGAAUGAAACAUAUCCUUUAUUGCCUGCUACUUGCCUCUCUCUGGAAACAGGUAAAUAAAGAUACCAUGCUGUAGAGCACUCACUGAUUGCUACUUCCGUUUAAUCAGAAACCCUUACAAAGAAGAAUGGGGUGGUAGCGGCAGCGGAGGAAGUAAUUGGGCUCCUGUCUCCAAUUGCUCAUUUUAAUUUUUCUUCAAAAGGCCAAGGACUGCAGAAGGUAUGUUUUGGGAAGUCUUUCUGAAAAAGUGACUGGAUUCAGCAGGCCAUUGUAUUCAGCAAGGCAGGAGUAAAUCUUGCCCAGAUCUUGUGUAGGGCUGCUCUGGGGAGUUACGGUGCUAAUUAGAUUAUUUGGAGGGAUAUUAGAAACUUCUUCCUUGUGCAGAGCAGCUGGUUUGUAUAAAUAAGCCGUGGACCUGAACGUAGUGGCCCCAUUUGCUUGGUUGUGGGAUUCAAACUGGGGUUUUACUAUGUAUGUUUCAGCCAUACUUCUCUCCUUAUCCUCCCAGCCUCUUUUUUGUUUUUUUUGGGGGGGGAAAGUUGUUUCAUUCUGCACUGCUUGUGGCUUGAUCUGAAACUAAUUACUACUAAAGUGUCAGUUCUGUUGAAUACAAUGAACUUCAGUGUACUAUACCAGCAAAGGCAAAUAGUUACAAUAAAACCAUAUGCACAACGGUGGGUGUA